AUGUCAAAAGCAUCAGGAAACUACGAUACCCACUAUGUUGCAGGUACAGAUGAAGUUGAUGCCGAUGGAACAUUAGUUAUAAAUAAGUUGAACAGAAAUCAGCUGCAAUACCCAGACUUUCUUCCAACAUGGGAUCCAAAACAAAAGUAUCCCCCAUUGAAGUUUUUCAAACAUUUGGAUCCAGGUGCCAGAGCUGACAAAUCGUUAUCGAACUUAUUUCCUAAGGAUGCCCAAUUUGUUCAGAAGAGAAUAACACCAAAACUAGGUACUGAAGUUACAGGAGUCCAGUUAUCACAAUUGAAUGAUAAGGCUAAGGAUGAGUUAGCAUUAUAUGUUGCGCAGAGAGGUGUGGUUGUCUUCAGGGAUCAAGAUUUCGCGACCAAAGGCCCAAAAUUCGCAACUGACUACGGUAGACACUUUGGACGUUUACACAUCCAUCCAACUUCGGGUGCUCCAAGAGGCCAUCCAGAAUUACAUAUAACAUACCGUCGUGCUGAUAAAGGAGAGUUUGACCGUGUGUUUUCGCAAAGAUCGAACUCUACUUCUUGGCAUUCUGAUGUUUCCUACGAGUUGCAACCUCCAGGAACUACUUUCUUCGCCGUGCUUCAAGGUCCUGAUGCAGGUGGUGACACUAUUUUUGCUGAUGUUGUGGAGGCUUAUAAUCGUUUAUCCCCUGAAUUUCAAAAGAGACUAGAAGGAUUGCAUGUUUUGCAUACCUCAGAAGAUCAGGCUUCCAACUCUCGUGUACAAGGAGGCAUUGAAAGAAGAAAGCCUGUUUCUAGCAUUCACCCAUUAAUCAGACAACACCCAGCGACUGGUGACAAAUUUAUCUAUUUAAAUCGUCCAUUCUCCAGAAGAAUCGUUGAAUUGAAGCAGGAUGAAUCUGACUACUUAAUCAACUUUUUAUUCCAACACAUUGAGUCGGCCCAUGACUUACAGUUAAGAGCUAACUGGGAACCAAAUACGGUUGUUGUAUGGGAUAACAGAAGAGUUGUUCAUUCUGCCAUCAUUGAUUGGGAGACGCCAGUUUCAAGACACGCAUUCAGAAUUACACCACAGGCUGAAAGACCAGUGGAAGAUUUGAAAUAUUUAAAUAAGGAAGAAUAUGAUAUUGGUGACGUAGGUGAAGCUUUGGAUAAGCUUUUAAAAUAG